AUGCUUCACAUGACGGAAGACAGCCUUUUGAGCGAUUCUCAGUGUGAAACUGUCAAUGAUUGCUUAAUUCUGUUGCGUAACAUCUUUGAGAAGUCCAGUGACCAAUCCACCUUACUGAGACGGGUGUUUCAGACCAAACUGCAAACGCUGCUUUUUGCACUAGCCACACAUAAACAAAAGGAUCGCUGGAGCAUCGUAAUUGCAGAGCUGGUAUCCUUCUUCUUUGCGAAUCAUACUGACAUACUGCUUGAGAAAACUGCAAAGAGCUACGAGCUCCUUUGCUUCUUCAAUAGAGACGUGGCUCUCUUGGCGCUGGAAAAUGCCAUGAAGAAGAAGAUGAUCCUCAAUGACUCCGGUUACAGCAGUGCAGAGCAGGAUAAGAACAAGAUGAUCAGUACGGAAUCCACUUACAGCAGCGUGGAGCAGGAUAAGAACAAGAAGAUAAUCCUAACAGACUCCACUUACAGGAACACCGAGCAGCAUGAAAACAAGAUUAUGAUCUUUGCGGACUCGACUUACAGGAACGCUGAGCAGGAUAAGAACAAGAUGUGGAUGUCCGGACAUCAGCUCGGAUACGAGGAGUGCAAGCAGACGACACUGCCAUACAACAACUACUUCAGCACUGACGGGAGUUCCACUUGCAGCAACACCAGUCACAUCGACGAGCAGUCGAGAAGGAAUGACUCAUUCGAAUUAGAUGCAAAUAGUUCACUGGAUGAUGCAGCUAUAUUAGAGAAAUGUCUGAUGGAAUUUGCAGUGGAAUUUAUCCAGACGGCAUUUUGUGAUGUGGUUGGAAGUCUGAUCAAGAUGAUACUUUCCAGUACCCCAGUUUCCAUAAACGUGUGCAAUAUGUGUUCCAUGAUAUCAUUCUUCCUGAAUUUGGCCAAGAAAACUAAAAUGGAGCCUGGAAAUAUAGAGUGCUUCCUGAACAAGGAUGUCAUUGGCUACCUCAUCAAUGAGGCAGCACAGAACAGUAUGCGGCUCUCAAUGUUAAAACGACAAAUGACAAUCUGUCUAGCGACUGAAAAAAAGUUGCAAGUCACAGUAUGUGCCCUAUCUCAGGUUUUUGAUCUCUUCAUUCGACUGAAUGGCAAAGAAACUAAUGAAAAAUAUCUUGAUAAUGUUGCAAAACACCUGCUUCUGAUGAAUGGACUGCCCGAUGUGUUCCUCAUUCUUCUGUCAAACUUUGACGACAAGAUGCAGAGCCGGUUCUAUCUACAAAACAUCAUACAGGCCAAUCACAGGUUUCUGCUGCUGCUGGAGAGCUGGAAUAACAAAGGAUUCAUGACAGGAUUCGACAUGCUCGUCCACGUCAAGCAGUUUUUCACCUGUGGCGUAAUGCUGAAGUACGGACUCGUCUUGGAGUCGUUCGAGACGAACUCACCUUUCCUGAACACGUGCAUCCUGACUAUGAUGCACCACGCGGCUGGUUACUGUAGCAGGACUCGCAUUCUCCAACAGCUGCCCAUUCUCAAGACAUUUCUCUCCAUGAAAGAAAAACGCAUGCCCUUUGCAGACGAAUUCAGAGGCUUCAUGGACUACGUCAUGGACCAGUUCCUCGCACAGGCCGAGCAGAAUCCCCUCGUUUGUGCUCAGAUGCUCGCUGGGGUGGACACGGAAAAGACUGGACACCUUUAUUCUGCCAGCAGGACUGUUGAAGAGUACGACCAUUGUGCAAGCGAUCAAAAUGUGCAGCGAGAUAUUUGUGUCAACCAUAUGGAGUUGAACACAGUCAGCUCCCUAUACAAAGGCACAAAACAUUUGUACAACAAUACUACAUAG